AUGCCUGCCUACAACUCCAUCUUCAAUAACGACCCCAACACGCCGCGCCUUGUCGGGAACUUCCCUCUCCUCCCUCUACGCACCAAGACCCGCGGCCCGGCCUACGCCCUGCCCCCCGUGUCCCUGCCUCUCAGCGAGUCGCCCGACCCGGACGACGAGAGCUACGAUGUCCUGGACGAGGUCCUCGCCCUCUUCCGCGCAAACUCUUUCUUCCGUAACUUUGAGAUUCAGGGAACCGCCGACCGCCUCCUCGUCUACGGCAUCCUCUUCGUCGGCGACUGCCUCACCAAGAUCAGGCCCAAUGCCUCCGCCCGCGACGCCCAGAAGGAUGUCAUGAACCUGGCCCUCGACAACAACUUUGCCCUCCCCGGUGACCCUUCUUGGCCCCUGAACCAGAUGUACGAGCCCCCGCGAGACCGUCAGGAUGCCGAGCAGCUGAGGCAAUACAUGUCGCAGGUGCGGCAGGAGCUGGCGUUGAGGUUACUCGCGCGCGUGUACGAGGAGGACGACGCCAAGCCUAGCAAGUGGUGGCUCAGCUUUACCAAGAGAAAGUUCAUGGGCAAGUCUCUCUAG